UGAUGAAUGAAGAAUGGCGGACGCUGUCAUAGUGGGAUAUUUGUUCACAUUUUUAUUAAUAAAUUCUUGUUAUGCUGGCCUCCCUGGCUUGGACAACACAGAAACAGAUGGCUCCCCAAGCACACAGUCAGACAAUCAUCUCAGAGAUGACCCUUCAUCCAUUGAUAAAAUGGUUGUUCAAUUAUAUCCAAGAUAUAAAUGCCAUCAAUGUGAACCCCCUGAUUGUGGUCCAGAAGAGACCAUGAUGGGAGUCUGCAGGGAUGCUCUUUAUUGCUACAAGUCCUCUGUUAGAGCAUCCGAUGGCACUCUCCGGUAUUCCAGAGGAUGUUUCACGAGUGUAGACCAGGCGCAGUUUACUUGUCGGACUAGUCAGCCUGCUUUAGGGUUAAGGAAGCGUCAUGCUGGUCAGUUAAACAUCAAAUGCUGUCAGGAUGAUAUGUGUAAUGCAGGCAGCUUCCCCGACCUGCCUCCGGCAGUGGACACCUCAAUUGAGCCAGUACCAUCUAAUGCAUGGAAGUUGUGGCUCAGUGUUACAUUAUCUGUACUAUUUGUUAGUGCUAUUGGUGGUAUAGGAAUAUUUUUGCUGCGGAGAAGUCAUAGAUUGCGUGUGUCUCGAGCGGCUCUGCAUAAACUAGGUCCAGAUUCCAGUUACUUGUCAACCAACUUGUAUGGACCUCUAGUCACCAGCACAUGCUAUGAAGGUCUAGAAGGGUCUCAGAACGGUGGAGGUCUGAAAGCAGUGGCAGCAGGUGACUCAACUCUGCGGGAGUACCUGGAGAGCUCAGUGACCAGUGGCUCUGGUUCAGGUCUGCCACUAAUGGUGCAGAGGACCCUGGCUAAACAGGUCACUCUGAUUGAUUGUGUUGGAAAGGGUCGUUACGGUGAAGUAUGGCGUGGGUCGUGGUGUGCAGACAGUGUGGCUGUGAAGAUCUUCUUCUCAAGAGACGAGGCGUCCUGGCGGCGGGAGACGGAGGUGUACAGCACGGUGUUGCUGCGACAUGAGAACAUACUGGCUUACAUCGGCAGUGAUAUGACAAGCAGGAAUAGUUGCACGCAGUUAUGGCUGAUAACACACUUCCACCCGCUGGGGUCAUUGUACGAGUAUCUGAACCGCAGCGCGCUCAGCCGGCAUCAGAUGAUGCUGAUCUGUCUCUCUAUAGUCAAUGGUCUGCUGCAUCUCCACACUGAUAUACAUGGCACACAGGGUAAGCCGGCGAUCGCACAUAGAGAUAUAAAGAGCAAGAACAUACUGGUGAAGGUGAAUGGAGAGUGCUGCAUCGCUGACUUCGGGCUGGCGGUGACGCGCCGCCAUGUGCAGCAGCAUCAGCUCAGCGCGAGACAGGGCACCAAGAGAUAUAUGAGUCCGGAGAUGCUUGACCAGAGUAUGAACGUGCAAUGUUUCGACGCGUACCGCAAAUGUGACGUGUACGCGCUGGCAUUGGUUGUAUGGGAGGUGACGCGAGGGGCUACGGGCCGGGAGUACCGCCCUCCUUACCAUGAGCUGGCACCUCAGGACCCCAGCUUUGAAGACAUGAGGAAGGUCGUCUGUGUGGACGGCGCUAGACCUGAACCUCCGCAGGAGACGCAUCCUACAAUGGUGGGAUUGACGAAUCUAAUGCGUGAAUGUUGGCAUCAGAACCCUUCAGUAAGACUUCCCGCUUUAAGAAUAAAGAAAACAUUACUAAAGCUCGCGGCAAAUGAUAAUUCAAUACAUUUGAAUGAAGACAAUGAAGUUUCAGUAUAGUGACUUUGUGAUAAGUGACAGUGAUUAGUGACAAUGAUUAGUGACAGUGAUUAGUGACAAGGUAUAGUUUUGUGUUUUUGUGAACCAACCAAUCAUCCAUAUGGGUGUCUUUUCCGUUUAAACAACGCCCGCCUUUUUUUAUGUAGACAUAUUGAUUUUUUCUAGAUAUCUCACUAUUAUAGAAUUUUUAAUAUGUAAAAUUAAUAUGGUUAACGAGAAAAAUGUCCCACUGGUUAAAUGAUUGGUUGAAUGAUCAAAACAAGGAAUCCUUAGGUAAGUAGUUAAUUGUUUUGUACAGUAUAGAACCAGUUUAAACCAGUUUUAACUAGAAUUUUCUAGAUUUCAAUCUAUAUGGAAUAAUUUGUUUUUUUUUUUACAAAUGAACUUUUUGCACUAUUAUUUGCAUAUUUAAAUUUUACAUUAUUAAUUUUAUAUACAGUCAUACUUAUAUGAGAGUUAGGUUGCCAGUCGCUAAACCUAAUAUCUUGAUUAACCAG